CUGAAGGUGACAGAAAAAGCUUUACUUUCAAGGUAAUGAGUUGUACUUGGGAUGUCAGCAGAAAUACCUCACGUUGAUGUUUGUUUCUGGAUUCCCAUUUGUACUUUUUUACAGUUUACAGUACCCAGAAUGCUCCUCUCACGGCUGUCUCGUCAUCAUAACGGUUCCUUUCCGUAGAAAAAUGUUAAUUUUUUUCUUUUCUUGAAAGAAAAUUCAUAUCCAGGGAAAAGUCAGAUCAGGCGAAUUGCAACGUGAAGUUUGCGUAGAAGCGAAGCCAGUUCACGUGUUACCAUGGCGAUGUUGCGUGCGGUGCGUCUGUACGCAUGCGUGCGUAACGAGCCAACAAAGUUGCCACAGCUGAAACGUGCACGAUGUCCUCGUGCAGGAGUGUGACGGCGGCAUUUCUCGUCAUUUUUAAGUUGGAGCACGCGCUAACCUCUCAGCUCCACGGUCCCGUUCGCGUGAUUCAGAAUCACAGGAGCGAGCCAGCCUCCCGGUGUACACGUGUGGCGCGUGGAGGAGGCGCUUCGGUGCCGUUUGGUACCUUCUUGGCUUUAACUACUGCACAGAAGGAUCGCAGUGGACGUUCUGAUUACCUUUGGGGCCUCGGGGUUUGACUGACAGCAGAGUUUUUAGGACAUUUCAGCACUGGACAGCUCUCGCGGCUGCCAUGUGGAAGGGAGAGCCACCCGAGGGGAGCUUGGCGCGCUCUCCAGCAUCCUCCCGCCUGCUGCUGCUGCCGCUGCCUCCAGCCCUGAGGUCAGAGAGAUGAGCGUCCCUGAGCUCCUGCUGGAGAUCUCCAUCGUGGUCUUGGCAGUGGUCUCGUGUCUGACCAACUUCUCCGUGCUACUGUGCUUCACCCAGAGUGGGGAGCUCAGGUCCCACGUGCCAGGUCUUUUCAUCCUCAACCUGUCCCUGUCCAACAUCCUCCUCACCCUUGUCAACAUGCCAGCCACUUUCCUCGGGGUGGCCACGGGCGCGGAGCCGUUCGGGGAGCCGCUGUGCCGCGCUGUGAGCUCCGCAGAGACCUUCGCCACCUGUAACGCCAUGCUGAGCAUGGCCGCGCUCAGCGUGGACAGGUGGCUGGCGGUGGUGUUUCCUCUCAGGUAUUCCGGCAGGAUGCGCUACAGAGACGCGCUUCUGAUCGUGGCGUACUGCUGGCUGCACUCCCUCGCAUUCUCCCUGACGCAGCUGACCUUGGGCUGGGGAGCCUACAGCCACGCGUACGCCUCGUGCACCGCUCACCUGGGCGCGGGAAAGGCGUCGCAGGUGCUCGCCUACGCGACCUUCACCGCGCUGCUCCACUGCUGCAGCUUCGCGCUCUGCCUGCUGGUGCUGAGCUUCGCCUACCUGAAGGUCUGGAGGGUGGCCCGGUCCCACUGCCGGAGGAUCGACGUGAUCACCGUGCAGACGCUGCUGCUGCUGGUCGACAUUCACCCCAGCGUGAAGGAGAGAUGUCUGACGCAGCAGAGGAAGAGGAGGCAGCGCGCCGCCAAGAAGAUCUGCAUCUUCAUCGGUUCCUUCAUCCUCUGCUUCUUUCCAUACGUUCUCACCAGAUUUGUGGAGCUGUUCACGUCGGUGCAGAUUCCUCGUUACUGGGGCAUCACCACCAAAUGCCUGAUCUACGCCAAGGCCUCCAGCGACCCUUUUGUUUACUGCCUCCUGCGGCAUCAGUACAGGAAGGUCCUGGUUGGUGUCAUCAGCCGGGCCGUGAGGAAAGAUCCCUACUUCCGCUGCAGCGCCGGCAGCAUGUGGGACGCCACAGACAAAAGCCACGCUGCGAGGGUCACCUGAGGUGUGCCGAGUUUGGAAAAAAACAAACAAAAAACACCUGAUUCCAUCCAGAUGGAGGUCAGAGAGGAGGCGGAGGACCCACCGGUUGAGGGUCUUGACGGCAGGGCGCUUCCAGCUGCUGGAAGAAGAAUACUAAAGGAAUUUUCUCUGAAGAGGACUGGAAGGCCUGUCCACAGACAGGACCCGUCUGUUUUCAGUGAGAAACUGACAAAAUGACUGGCUAAUAGAUUUAUUCUAAUACUUUGUAACUCAAUACACGCUCCAAAAUGGAAGGAGUGUCCAUUCAAAACCACAGUGUUGUCUGCAUGAGUAAAAACAAACUUUGACAUUCCAACAACACCUGAACGGCACACUAGUGAUGCCAAGUGGGCAGGUGAGGGGAAAGCAGGGAGGAAACCUGUUGGCUGAGAUUAAAGUGAGGAGGAGCUGCAUUCAGACAGUUCAGAUGACAGGAGACAGAGAUUCAACAAACACAGAAAUUCCUUCAAACUGUGUCUGAUUUGUGAAAACAGAUAUUUUGGAGUAUCUGACAUUUAUGGAAAAAACCUCCAACGUGGUUUCAUCGGUUUGUCAUUUAUGAUUCCAAAUAUGUAAUUUUCUGGGGUUCUGAUCCAAAACGUCCCUUCAAAAAUCCACACCAUUGGAGCCUUUACAAUAAAUAGUCCUAAAUAGUACUUUUCUUUUGCUUUAUCAAUCCACAACAUGUGUUUCUGCCGAGUCAACAGGUGGCCAUUCUCCCAAAAAUGAAGGGUUCUAAUCAAAUCCAACAUUGGUUCUGAAGGAUGACAUCAAUAGCUACACAAAAUAAGCAACACCUGGAUGAAGCACUGUGGCAAUUGUUGCGAAAUACUGUCUUUAAUUAAUCAUUUUUAACUUAACUUUUUAAAAUAUGUGAGUAUUUUUUUUAUUUUUUAGCAUUUUAAAACUGAAAAACUUCAACAAUACACUGAAUCUGAUUCUCAAAAUGUAUUUUAUGCAGGAGCACAAUAUAAUGUGAACAUGUAGAGCUUUUAAUUUAUUGGAUAGAUAUUAUGUGAAUGAAAAGAGAACAGAACUUAUCAAUAAAGUAAUUGUCGUGGGGGAAACCUGUCUGGUCUUAUGUGGAAUGGGUCUCACCCUUCUUUGGUAAAUCCUAAAAUCAGGCCCAGAUCUAUUCAUUAAAGACAAAAACACGUCACUGCAUCUGAAAAAAACCCAAGAAACGGACAUCCUGACAGGCAUCCAUCUGCAAACUAUUCUUUAAAGACUCUCUGAUCAUCUUUUGAUCCGUUGUCAAAGCAUUCCUAGUGGUCGUUUAAUGAUGAUGAUGCCGUGUUCAGCCAAAAUCCCAAGAAACUGUGACAUUCUAUAGUUUCUGCAGAGCGGCAGUAGUUCCUCAGAUAUCAGCCUGUGAGUUGUGGGCGAGAGCAUGUCACCUCCCAGCGCUUUUUCCACGAAUACACAAUCUUUUUUCAUCUGUUCCUGAUUCCCAAUGACCUGAAAUACUCAGAGAUGCAACAUUGAGGUUAAUGUCCUCCAUCAUCAGAAAAAGAUCCACAAAGAUUACAUCAUAAAAACACACAAAAAACAUCAUGUCGGUGGGAGAAGGUCUUUAAGCUGUGCACUUCAGCUACGCAAAGGCUUGAUUUACUAACAGACAGAACUUGAACGUUAAAGUGGUAUUUUCGUGUAAUUUCCAAAUGUGCACGACAACCUCAAUUCGUUUUUUACACUUGAAGAAAUUCAAACUCUUGCAGACUUUACAUCGUGGUUCUGCUCCUUCUCAGUACAUCGAACUACAUCUUUGACUGAAAUGUUUGAAAUUCAUUGGUUGUUCGGAAAGUGGGGAAACAAAAACUGGUCUUUAGCUCUGCUUGAUCACUAUCUUGUGGGGUCCAGAUGACCCCACUCCGUGCCUCCGAGGCACUUUAUGGAAAACCUGGGGGCGGACGUUUCUGACGUCAUCAGGCUUGUUAUUAGUUUGUGCAAACACUUAAGCAACUGGAAAAAAACACGUUUAGUCUCUUUAUGAUUUGUUUUUCUGAUUAUUUGUCUUAACUUUUGUCCAUAACUAUUGUUGUUUUAAAUUGUUUCCUGCCUUUUCCUUACCUAUUUAUUUUAUUUCAUUUUUUGUGUGUGCAUUUCAAAUGUUGGCUCACCCUAACUUGGUUUGUAUCUGAAUGACAUUCAAAAUUAUAAUAAUAAUAAUAAAAAACAUUGAAG